AUGCAAAGACAUUUGAUAUCUCUAAAUGCUUGGGUUAUCUUGCUAUUGACGCAACUUGCUUACGCAGGACAUAAGUGUGUUUGGGUACAUGGCCACGUACGUUGUCAUCAUGAUCCUUCAAAAAAUUUUAAUGUUGAAGUUCGAGUUUAUGAUCGAGAUGGGCUAUCAAUUGCUCAGCUUUUUGAUUGGGAUGAUUUAAUGGGAGUGACGUUCACAAACGAAGACGGCUCGUUCCAGUUAGAUGGUUGUGGGGAAGAUAUUGAUUGGAUUCCUGGUAUUCCGAACGAUCCGGAACCCUAUUUAAAAAUAUUUCAUUAUUGCAACAGCACGACGGGUGAAUUUAAGACGCUCUUACCUUUCAAAACUUUCAUGCCAGAGACAUAUGAAAUCGACACAAUUAAUCUCGACUUUCCGAUUUCACCUGCAGAAAAUAAUACUGAAUUGAUAAAAUCAAUCAUAUCAGUUGUUAUCUUCAACAGCAUCAAAAUGCGAAUUGGACCAUUUUUCGAUCUGCAGGACAAUGAAAUUGGUGCUACAAACGUAACGUUUCAACAGCACAAAGUAGGACGAGAGGAACGUGCGCAAGUUCUUGGACGUUAUGCCAGUUUUCGUGGUUGUACUGUUUGGCUCACCGGACUCUCUGGUGCUGGUAAAACAACAGUUGCUUUUGCAGUGGAAAAAAUUUUGACACAACUUGGUAUACCUGCUUACGCUUUAGAUGGUGACAAUGUACGACAUGGACUUUGCAAGAAUCUCGGAUUUUCCAAAGAAGAAAGGCGAGAAAAUAUCCUUCGUGUUGCUGAAGUUGCCAAAUUAUUUGCUGAUAUGGGCAUUGUGGUUCUCGCUUCAUUCAUUAGUCCAUAUAAAUGUGAUCGCGAUGAUGCAAGAUCUAUUCAUAAUCAGGAUAAUCUUGCUUUCUUUGAAGUGUAUGUGAAUACACCACUGAGAAUUUGUGAACUUCGCGAUCCUAAAAGAGCCGUUUAUCUUAUUGUAGAUUUGUAUAAGAAAGCACGUGCAGGAGAGCUGAAAGGAUUCACAGGGAUUGAUAGCGUCUAUGAAGCACCAGAAAAGCCGGAUCUUAUACUUGACUCAGGCAUUGAAUCUGAAGCUGAAUCCGUGAGGAAAGUACUGGAUUUUUUAUUCCAGAAGAAUAUUUUGCCCGCAAAAGCUUAUCAGCGGAUUUCUGGACCACCUGUACGAGAGUUAUACAUUGAUGAAGAACUGAAAGACAAAUUACUAGAACGCAUUAACUUUCUCCCAAGGGUGCAAUUGACCAAAAUUGAUCUGGAGUGGUUACAGGUAUUGGCUGAAGGCUGGGCAUCUCCUUUGCCUGGAUUCAUGCGUGAACGUCAAUACUUGCAAUGUUUACAUCAUGGUCUCCUUUUGGAUUUAAAAAAGAAAUGUUUUACUCCUGAUAUAUCACUGCCAGAAGACACCGAAGAAGAUUCACUUUGGUUACUUAACGAACCGCUAAAUCAAUCGAUACCAAUCGUGUUACCGAUUGACGAUGAUACAAAAGUGAAGCUCAUGGAUGGACAUUCUAUCAGUUCUGAAAUUGCUCUUGUAUACAACAGUGCCGUUGUUGCUGUUGUGAAGGAUGGCGAAAUAUUUGAACAUAGAAAAGAAGAACGAAUUGCACGUCAAUUCGGUAUUAUCGAUCCUCGACAUCCCACAAUAAAACAAAUUUUGGAAAGUGGGAAUUGGUUACUUGGCGGUGAUGUACAAGUGCUGAGACGAAUUCAAUACAACGAUGGUCUUGAUUGCUACAGAAUGUCACCAUUAGAGCUUCGAAAUAUUUUCGCAAAGGCCAAUUGCGAUGCAGUUUUUGCUUUUCAAUUGCGAAAUCCUAUUCAUAAUGGUCAUGCACUUCUUAUGCAGAAUACAAGAGAACAACUGCUAACAAAGUACAAGAAUCCUAUGUUGUUACUGCACCCAUUGGGUGGUUGGACAAAAGAAGACGAUGUGCCACUAGAUGUGCGCAUGAAACAAUAUGAUGCAGUUUUAGCAGAAGGUGUCUUAGAUCCAAAAUGGACUGUACUUGCUAUUUUUCCUUCCCCAAUGUUGUAUGCUGGACCGACUGAGGUACAGUGGCAUGCUAGGGCUCGAUUAGCAGCAGGUGUUUCAACUUAUAUAGUAGGACGAGAUCCUGCAGGCAUACAGCACCCCGAUACUGGCGAUUACUUGUAUGAUCCGACACAUGGCUCGAAAGUAUUAUCUAUGGCUCCCGGCUUGCCGAAUUUGGACAUAAUACCGUUUCGCGUAGCUGCGUAUGAUGAAACGAAAGGCAAAAUGGCAUUUUUUGAUCCUUCGCGAAGUAAAGAUUUCAAGUUUAUAAGUGGAACGAAAAUGAGAUUAUAUGCUCGUGAUGGUAUUGAACCACCAGAGGGUUUCAUGGCUCCCAAGGCUUGGAAGAUUUUGUCAUCUUAUUAUCAAAAAUUGGCAACGAAGCAAAUUGAAAGUAAGCAGUAA